AUGGCCGACGGGUUCAACAAUGCCAUGGUCAACAGGUCGCUGAGGUCGAUCAAGACUGAGCUUGAAUUUCUGGUCGACUCGAAUGUCAUCAGCCAGUCGCAGUACGACACCAUCUACAACCAGCUUCCCGCAAACGCCAGCUCUGCGCGCGCCCUCCCCGCCGUUCCCACCCAGCAACUCUCGUCCCUCUCCGUCAACACGCCCGCGCCUGAGAACGAGAAGAAGACCAACGGCGUCGGCUACUACUCCAACAACGCCUCUAACCCGCCUCCACCCGCCUAUCCAACCCCGCCAGCUGCGCCUGUUGGCCCGGUCACUCUCUGCCAUGCGACCGCCAUGUAUCAGUACAACGCCCAAGACGCCGGCGAUCUCGCUCUCAUGCCCAACGACAAGAUUGUCGUCACCGAGUACAUGAACAACGAGUGGUGGAAGGGCCGCAACGAGCGCACUGGCCAGGAGGGCAUCUUCCCUGCCAGCUAUGUGCGCCGCGAGGAGAAGGCUGUAGUGCCCGCUGGUGUACCGCAGAGCAAUUAUGGCAACAUGCCGCUUGAUGUGUCCAACGGCUCGAAUGGUGCGGUGGCUCAGUCGAGCACACCCGGGGAGCCCAGCAAGUUCGAGGCAGGCGGCAAGAAGUUCGGCAAGAAGCUGGGCAACGCGGCCGUCUUUGGAGCAGGUGCGACAAUCGGAAGCAAGAUUGUGAACGGUAUAUUCUGA